UGAAGGAGCUAACACCAACUUGAACAACUUUACGUGAGUGUAUUUCAUUUUCUCAAAGGACUGCACAGAAUAGCUCUGUGGGAGUAUGCUGGUUGUCACAAUGCCUUCAGAGUUUUCUUUAAGUUCCUGAAGCGUUUGCAAGGGGGAAAGUAUUCCUGGAAGAGUCUCCUAACUGGACCUCAGGUCUGAGGUCAGACAACGAGGUACUGAGGAUGGCAAUAUCAAGAACCAAACUCUUCACUUUGGUGACAUUUCUCCUUGUAGCAAAGUGCAAUGGAUUAAUGGGAAAAGGAAAAGACUCCUCUCUGUUAAGCUUCACACACCAUCUUUACAAUGCCACUAUCAAUGAAAACUCUGCCCCACGGAUGUAUGUUGAGAUCCCUGUGAAGAUGGGUAUUUCACUGAACGACCUAUUGUGGGACAUCAAAUAUAACAUCGUUGCAGGUGACGAUGAAGAGUUUUUCCAAGCAGAGGCUCUAUCAGUGGGGGAUUUCUGCUUCCUUAGGAUCAAAACUCGCAGCAGUAACUCAGCUCUGUUGAACAGGGAGGUUAGAGAUAGCUACACUCUCACAGUGGAAGCAACAGAAAGCACUUUUGAAUUACAGGCUAAGACAAAGGUGUUUAUUCACGUGCUCGAUACUAAUGACUUAAAGCCGCUUUUCUAUCCCGCAUCGUACAAUGUGAAUAUAAGGGAAGACACUCCACUCAAGACGAGUGUGGUCAAAGUCAGUGCAACAGAUGCUGACAUUGGAACCAAUGCUGAAUUUUUUUACUCCUUCACAAGCAGAGCUCAUCCAUUUUCUGUCGAUCCAUUCACAGGCGUGGUCACCCUUGUCAAAAAGCUCAAUCACACUCGAAUGCAGAGAUAUGACCUCAUAGUAUUAGCAGAAGACAGAACAAAAAAGAUAUCAGGCAUUCAAAAAUUUGGAAACACUGCUCGAGUCACAGUCAACAUACAAAAGAUGCCAAAGGAGUUCCCAGUCAUCACACCUCCCCCAAAACCCAAAGUGUCUGCAGAUGGAGAUGUAGAUAUUAGCAUCCAUGUUGAAGCAGGAGUCAAGCCUGUGGAAUCUCUUUAUAUUGUAAAUGGGGAUCCUCACCAGUGUUUUGAGAUAAUCCCUUCAGGAGUGCAAAGCAUGGACUUCCAAGUGAUUUCAACAAAGAGAAUUGUGUGGUCUCAAAGUCCUUUUGGGUUGAAUUUGUCCCUUCAAGCUAAAGAUAGGAGCUCUCCAAGCAUUUUGUCUCCAAUUACAGAAAUUCACAUUCCAGCAGGCCCUUAUUGGCCUUUAACAUUUCUUGAGGACACCUAUAUUGUCACCUUAAGUGAGUUUUCCCCUCCUAAAACUCAUGUAAUUAAAGUUUCUGUCACUUUCUUUUACCAAAAUGUUACAUUCAGCAUCAAAAACAAUCCAGACAGCUUGAAUUUUAAAAUCCAUCCCAAAACUGGGAUUAUCAUAACUGCAGAUAAAUUUGACUAUGAGAGGAAAAAACGAUAUGAAUUUGAUGUGGUGGCCAAUCAUGGUGAAGCAGAGACUCAUAUUGUGAUCAAGAUUGCUGAUGAGAAUGAUAACAAUCCACAUUUCAGACAAACGUCAUAUCAGGCGACAGUGGAUGAAAACAUGCCUGUUGGCAGCAGUGUCCUAAAAGUUGCUGCUUCAGAUAUUGAUGAAGGCAAAAAUGGCUUUGUUACCUACUCCAUUGCAAGUUCUGGACCUUUACCUUUCACUAUAGAUUCAUUUACAGGCAUUAUCUCAACCUCUGAACACCUAGACUAUGAACUUAUGAAACGACGGUAUCACCUAAGAGUCUGGGCUUCGGACAGUGGCAGCCCCUUCAGUCAGGUCAGCGAAUGCCCCGUGACAAUAACCCUGAACAACUUGAAUGAUAACAUCCCUCUGUUUGAAAGAGUUGGCUGCAACAUCACAAUACCGCUUGAUUUAACAGUGGGACACAUACUUGCUGAGAUUUCGGCCAUUGAUUUAGAUGAGUUGCAGCAGCUCCAGUACAAAAUAGAAUCAGGCAACGAGGCCCAAAUCUUUGGCAUUGAUUCCAUUUCUGGUUCAAUCUUUCUUAAAAAGCAAAUUCCCCCACAGGAGGGCUCAUUUACCCUGAGGGUUGUUGCAACAGAUGGAAAACAUCACUCUGAAGUCUCAGUUGUAAGAGUAACUGUCACAAACAAAGGUGAGAAUGCAACAGUGAGCUGCUUGGAAACAGGCAUUUUUAAACAGAUGACUGAUAAACUAAUAGAGUCAAUAAAGCCAGUUUUAAUCAACCAAGAAGAAGAGUCUUUCUCAGAUAUCCAUAUCACUAACAGACAUUCUCCCAAAAUUGCUAAGAGCAUUCCCAGUUCUAUUGAUGUUCCUGAGAACUAUACACUUAAUUCAACCAUUCUCCAGUUCCAGGCCACAGACCUGGACUCUGGCUAUAACGGUAUGCUUGUGUAUGCAAUAUCAACAGGGAAUGAAGAUGGGUGUUUUGCUAUUGACACGUUUUCUGGAGAACUUCGUUUAGCUUGCCCCCUGGAUAGAGAGACCAAAGAGUUCUACAUUCUGAACAUUACAGUUUAUGACUUGGGAACACCACAAACAUCUGCCUGGAAAUUCCUCGCUGUAAACGUAGUAGAUGUCAAUGACAACCCUCCUGUUUUUGAUCAGCACAGAUAUGUGAUUCGAGUACCUGAAAAUGCUGAGAAAGACUCUGUUAUCUUCAGAGCCAGAGCAGUAGACGUUGACACAGAUUUGAAUGGAAAUGUCCUAUAUUCCUUCCUGACUCCAACUGACACGUUCAGAGUUGAUGAACUGACUGGAGAGGUGAUUGUGACGAGUCCAUUGGAUCGAGAGAACUCUCCCAAACAUGACCUCUGGAUCAGAGCCACAGACCAAGCCAGACUUGGUCCUCAGUUGUUCUCUACCACUAACCUGGUGGUAAUUUUGGAGGAUAUAAAUGACAACACACCUAAAUUUGUGCCAAAGGGCUAUCAUAUAAAAGUUGCAGAAGAUGUUCCUGUGGGAACUCUGCUUGUCUGGGUGGAGACUGAAGACUUAGACCUAGGUAGUGGAGGUCUGGUGACAUACAGACUAAUGAGCACAGAGAGUGGGAUCUUUCAUCUUGACUCAUCUACUGGAACUUUGACCCUGGAACGUGAGCUGGACUUUGAGAGGCGACCAGCUUACAAUCUCACAGUUCAAGCCGUGGACCACGGCCUCCCUCGCUCCUUGUCAUCAUCCUGUUUUGUGGAAAUUGAGGUUCUGGAUGUCAAUGAAAACCUCCACAAGCCAGUGUUCACAGAGUUUGUGUAUGAAGCAGCAGUGCUGGAGGAUGCAGCAGUGGGGACAUCUGUGGUAAUGGUCUCGGCUUCAGACAAAGAUGUAGGUCGAGAUGCUGUGGUCAGAUACCAUAUCAGUGAUGGCUCUGGGCUUGGAGUUUUCUCUAUUGAUGAAGAAGCAGGUGUGAUUCGUACAGCAGAAGCGCUGGACCGAGAGACGGUACAGCAUUAUUGGCUCUCUGUCUACGCCACAGAUCUGGGAACUGAGCCUCUGAUCGCCUGGACUCAUGUCUUUCUGGAGGUUCUGGAUGUUAACGACAAUGCUCCAGAGCUUUCCCGGCCGGUGUAUUUUGCAUCUGUCCAGGAAAACUUGGAUAAAGUGACCUCAGUCAUCCAGGUGUUGGCCACAGAUUUGGACACAACCUCUGAGGGGAAGCUUUCUUAUCAGAUGCAGGAAUCUCACAAGACGUAUUUUGAUGUGGAUCCAAAAACAGGUGUUAUCAGCACACACUCUGCUCUGGACCGCGAAGAAAAACCCGAGCACAGCAUCGAGGUAAUCGUAUCAGACAAUGGAUCUCCACCUUUGCAGUCUACUGCCACAGUUAUCAUCCAGGUCCUGGACACCAAUGACAACCGGCCGAAGUUCACUGACAAACUUUUCCAAGUCAAAGUGCUGGAACAGCGCAAACGUGACGGCAAAAAGAAAGUCUGCAGGAUGGUCGCACGAGAUGACGACGAGGGCUCUAAUGCUGCCAUCACCUACAAGCUUCAGGAUGGCGCCGAUGAGCGGUUUCACAUCAACCCGCUGACUGGAGUGGUGACAUCACAGGGAGAUUUCUGGCCAGGAAACUACAGCAUCCUCACAAUCAAAGCCACUGAUCAGGGCACCCCUCCUCGCUUAUCCACAACUCGACUCGAUAUUGAGUGGGUCCGACGUCCACCACCAUCCAGCAAACCAAUCGCAUUCGAAGAGCCUCACUUCAACUUCGCUGUCAUAGAAACAGAACCUGUCACUCACAUGGUGGGCAUCAUCGCGAUAGAGACAUAUCUUGACUUUCUGCAGUACGACAUUGUAGGUGGUGAUGAAGACAAAGACUUUGACAUCCAAAGGAACGUAGGAACAAUCUUAAUUGCCAGAAAACUUAAUGCCGCUCGCCGCUCCAACUACAACCUGACAGUAGAAGUCACAGAUGGCCACCGUAGCGCCACCACACAGGCCAACAUCCGUGUGUUGGACAUGAAUGAACACCGACCCUUCUUCCUGAAACCGCUGUAUGAGGUGAGGGUUCCUGAAGACACGUCCCUGUGGAAGGACAUCCUGCAGAUCAGCGCUAAGGACGAUGACACCAACAGCAACCUGCUGUUCUCCAUCCACAGCAGCCUUCAUCCGGACAGCACCAAGUUCUUUCACCUGGAUCCAAAGAAUGGCAUUCUGGUGAUGACGGAGAAGCUAGACUUCGAGAAGAUCUCUGUUCAUACCCUCAUCAUUAUGGUGCGUGACCAGGAGAUUCCAAUGAAGAAGAAUUUUGCAAAGGUGGUGAUUCAUGUGGAGGACUGUAAUGACCACUCUCCAGCUUUCCUCAGCCCCCGUUAUGAAGCUAGCAUCUCUAAUCUGGCCCCUGCGGGCUCUGAGGUUGUCCGAGUCAAAGCUCUAGACAAGGACAUGGGGAGCAAUGCAGACAUCAGCUACUCGCUGCACUCUGGUAAUAUUGACGACAUCUUCUCCAUUGAUCCUGAGCUGGGCUCCAUCAGCAUUUCCAAACCUCUGGACCUUCAGCCUCAGGACCAAUUCCACCUAACAGUAAAAGCCAAUGAUCAGGGUUUCCCUCAACGUUCUGACCUCUGCUCCGUCCACAUCCAUAUCCGCAUUUCUGAUCAAACGCCACCCAUCUUCCCUGCGGAUGAAUAUUUAACAGAGGUCAGUGAACUAAGAGCUCCCAGCACUCCAGUGCUCACCAUCUCUGCCUCCUGCCCAUCUGCAGUGCAUUAUGGUAUAGAGAGUGGAAACUUAAAUGACACAUUUUAUAUCAACCCCUACAGUGGCUUGAUUUCCACCAAAAGAUAUCUUGAUUUUGAAACCUGGGAGUCCUACAAGCUCAAAGUUACAGCUUCCACAACAGCUGGAGCCAUGUCCAAGACUCUCGUCCAUAUCUAUGUCAUGGAUGAGAAUGAUAACGCUCCUGUAUUUCAGCAGAAGGAGUACUUGGGUCAAAUCAGUGAAUCAGCUCCUAUAAACAGCAUAGUGAUGGGGAAAAGAAGUGCACCGCUGGUCAUUCAGGCAUUUGAUGCAGAUCGAGAUUCAAAUUCUCUGCUGACAUAUCUGAUCCUUGAACCUGAAGUGCUGAAAGUUUUCAAGAUUGACCCAAGUAUGGGUACCAUUUCCUUAAUUUCACCACUUGACUUUGAAGCCAAAGCUGAAUAUCACUUCACAGUACAGGUGAAGGACUCAGGGGAACCAUCACUGUACGCAGCAGAGCCUGCCAAGGUCACUGUACGUGUCCUGGACCUUAAUGACUGCGCGCCACAAUUCACCGCCUCUAUGUAUGAGUCAUCUAUCAUUGUCCCAGCCGUCAGAGAUACUGAGGUUGUCCGUGUCAUGGCCCAUGAUGGAGAUUCAGCAGUCUCAUACAGCAUCUAUGAGGGAAAUCUUCACAAUGCAUUCUCAAUUGAUCCCAAUACAGGAGUCAUUACUGUGAGCAACGUGUCAGAGUUCAGGUCAUUUUACCAGCUGACUGUCAGAGCUUCAGAUGGUCUCUUUAAAGAUUCAGCCACUGUCAGGAUAAAUGCAACUGAGCUGAUGCCAAGUGAUCUAGAAUUUCAACAUAAAAUGUACUCAGCAAGCAUUGCAGAAAACCUAAAUACAGUGAAAACUUUGGCAGCACUAAAAGUCUCAGGAUGCUACCUGAAUGAGCCUCUUUUAUACUCUGUAACCAACCCAAUGGGAAGGUUUACUAUUUCCCAAAUGUCAGGGGUUCUUGAAACCACCGGCAUUCCUUUUGACAGAGAGGAACAAGAUAUUUAUGACGUAGUGGUAAAAGUUGAAGAUACCAGAACCCCACCCAGAACAGCAACAGCUCAAGUCAAAAUUUUUAUAGAUGAUGUUAAUGACAAUUCUCCACAGUUUCUAAAUUUGCCUUUUUCAAUGAUGAUUUCUGAAGAUGCAGAGCCAGGAGAUGUUUUGUACCAAGCAACUGCCAUUGAUAAAGAUCUGGGUGAAAACGGAUCAAUCAUGUAUUCUCUGGAGGAGGAUUUUGACCUCUUCAGGAUAGAUCCAGAUGUGGGCGAUAUAUCCCUUCAAAGACCUCUUGAUUUUGAAGCCCUGAAUAAAUACAUGUUGACUGUUGUGGCUUCAGAUGAUGGCCUGCCAACUCAUAGAACCACUGCUCAGCUCACUAUUCAAGUAAGGAACAGAACCAAUCCAGUUUUUCAGACUCUUCUUUAUCCACUGAGAGUUCCUGAAAAUGUUCCCCCAUUCACCACCAUUCUGCACGUUCAGGCCAGAAACCCUGAGGGAUAUCGGCUCAUCUACAAUCUUGAGGAGGAAAAUGCUUCAAAGCAUUUUCACAUUGAUUUUAAGACUGGAGUUCUGACCAUAACCAAUCCUCUGGAUUAUGAGAGCCAGACAAUGCAUUUCUUGACAGUUCGAGCUACUGACUCUGUUACUGGAGCGUUCUCAGAGGCAUCUAUUGAAAUUGUAGUAGAGGAUGUUAAUGAUAAUCCACCACUUUUCCCACAGCUGACUUACAGUGUGAACAUUGCCGAAGGGCUUCCAGUCAGCACCUCUGUGAUUCAACUCAAUGCAACGGACAAAGACUCUGGCAGAAAUAAAGAUUUGACCUACCGGAUCAUUAAGACUGAGGGAAAUGAAACUGAUUUCUUUGAUAUCAAUCCUAAGACUGGAUUGAUUGUCACAAAACAGGUUCUGGAUCAUGAAGAUAUUGAACAGUUUAAUUUGAAAAUCAAAGCCAUUGACAAUGGGACUGUUCCUCUCAGUAGCGAGGUGAUGGUUUUUGUAAAUGUCACUGAUGUCAAUGACAAUCCUCCUGAUUUUGUCAGUUCUCAGUAUGAAGCUACUUUGGAUGAAAUGGCCAAAUGUGGCCACAUUGUCAUUAAAAUUCAAGCUUCAGAUCCUGACUCUGAAGACCUCAAUCAUCUCAAGUACAAAAUAAUUUCAGGUAACAAAGAUCGAUACUUCAACAUCAAUGAAUCCUCAGGGAUAAUCUCCUUUUCCAACGUUUGCAAGAGGAAUCUAGAUCCUUACUACAACUUGACGGUGGCUGUAUCUGAUGGAGUGUUUCAGAAAACUGCCCCAGUUAGUAUUGACAUGAUUAACAGCAACAGGCACAGUCCUUACUUCAAAAAGAGCAUCUAUGAGGCAGAGCUGGCUGAAAAUGCAGAAGCGGGAACUCGCGUUAUCCGACUGGCAGCUAUUGAUCCCGAUGAUGGGCCGUACGGAAGUGUGGAUUACACCAUCAUCAACAAACUUGCUGAUGAGAAAUUUGCCAUCCUCGAAGACGGUCAGAUUGUUACAACGCAACCGCUGGACAGAGAAAACCCCACCCAGAAAGUGAUAUCAAUAAAAGUGAUGGCAAAGGAUGGUGGUGGAAAAGUGGCCUUUUGUACAGUCAAAAUUAUUCUCACAGAUGAGAAUGACAAUGUGCCUCAAUUCAAAGCAUCAGAAUACCAAGUUUCAAUUCAAUCGACUGUAAAUAAAGGCUCUCCUGUCAUUCAGAUUAUGGCUUAUGACGCUGAUGAUGGUAAAAAUGCAGACGUGACCUACACUGUGGAUGAAGCUGAGGAAGUUGUCGAAGACAUCAUUGAAAUCAACCCUUUCACAGGAGUGGUCAGUGUUAAGGAGAGUUUGGUUGGAAUGGAAAACAAGAUCUUUAACUUUAAAGUGAAAGCUCGUGACGGCAGUCUCCCUUUUUAUAACUCCACUGUCCCUGUUCAACUAAAGGUGGUUCCUCCAGAGGUUCCCCUGCCAAAAUUCUCAGAACCACUCUACACCUUCUCUGCUGCAGAGGAUUUUCCCAUCGGGUCAGAGAUUGGCUCAGUGAGGGCCAACUCUGACAUGCCUCUCAUUUACAGUCUGGUCAAUGGGAAUACUGUGGAAAGCAAUAAAGACAAAGUUUUCAGCUUGGACCAGGAAAGUGGCACUCUGCUACUGCAGAAGACCAUAGACCAUGAAAAGACAAAGUGGUACCAGAUAGAUGUGAUUGCUCAGGGGAACCAUAAUGGGACAGAUGUUGCAUCGCUGGUCUCUGUCAGUAUCCAGGUUCAGGAUGUGAACGAUAACCAGCCCAUGUUUGAUGCAAGCCCAUACAGAGCCUUCCUGGCAGAAAAUAUGCCUGCUGGAACCACUGUUAUUCAGGUGACAGCCAAUGAUCCAGACACAGACACCAAUGGCAUGGUUACCUACAGUUUGGAGACGCUGCCUGAUGACACCGAGAUUGACAUCAAUGAGGUGUUUGCCAUUGAAGGAGAAAGCGGCUGGAUCACCACUCUGCGGGAAACAGACUGCGAGACUCUCAGAGUCUACAAGUUCAAUGUGGUUGCCACAGAUCAUGGAGGAGAUGUCAAGCUAUCGUCCAGCGUCCUCGUGGAAGUGAUGGUGACAGACGAGAAUGACAACGCGCCGAAAUUCACGGAAGACGUAUACCAUGGUUCAGUGGUGGAGAAUGCCACCCCAUUUGAGCCAAUUGUUUCAAUGACGACCACAGAUGCUGAUGUGUCCCUGGAGAACCGUUUGGUGACGUGUUAUAUCACAGAUGGAGACCCAUUGGGCCAGUUUGCCAUCGUCCAGGAGGACGAAGGUCAGUGGGGUCUGAUUGUGAAGGAGAACCUGGACCGAGAGACCAAAGGCCGAUACACAUUAAGGGUGACUGCCACUGAUGGGAAGUUUGAGGCUCCGGUUACUGUUGAUGUUCAUGUUUUGGACACAAACGACAACAGUCCAGUUUGUGAACAGCUGAUGUACACAGAGGGGGUAAUGGAGAACUCGCCACCAAGGAUGUUUGUUCUCAAAGUUUCAGCUUCAGAUCCAGAUGUGGGAGCAAAUGGCGAGAUUUCGUACUCACUGCACGGUCCAGACGCAGAUAAGUUCCAUCUGGAUCCAAGAACAGGUGAGCUGUUCACUCUGGCCGUUUUGGACCGUGAAACUCAUUUGGAGUUCAACCUGGUGACAAAGGCGACUGACGGCGGUGGUCGGUCCUGUCAGGCCGACAUCCUGCUGAUGACCCAGGACAUGAACGACAACCCACCCCUCUUCUCCUCUAGUCACUACGAGGUCACUGUGUUCGACAACACUACGGUUCGCACGCCGAUCGCUGUCAUUUACGCCAGGGACCCAGACACAGGCAUCAACUCUGAGGUUAAGUACUCCAUGCUGGCUGGAGACCGUGGUUUCUUCUCUCUGGAUGAGUUCUCUGGAGUCCUGCGGCUGGAGCGACCUCUGACCUCCGACACCCCACCAACAUUUGAGUUGAAGGUUAAGGCCGCCGACCGUGGCCUGCCUCGCCACCUGUACUCUGUUGCCACGGUCACAGUGGAUGUGGUUUCCCUCGAUGACUAUCAACCAGUGUUCCUGAGCUCGGAGUACACCGCCCAGCUUUCAGAGUCGUUGGUGGUCGGGUCCGAGGUGUUGAGCGUGUCAGCGCUUACCAGAGACGGCGGUGGUCCGGAUCCCAUCGUGUACCGCAUCGUCUCAGGAAACGAAGAUGGCCGCUUCCACCUGGACUCACAAACAGGCCUUCUCACCCUCAUGGCCCCGCUGGACUUCGAGGUGUCCAGGGAGUACUACCUGUCCGUGGAAGGGAGUCGUGGAAAGUCUUCCCUCAGUGACAUCACAAUGGUUAUCAUCAAUGUGACAGACAUGAACGAUAACGCACCGGUGUUCAGACAGGGCGAUUACAGCGCUGAGAUACUAGAGGAUCUGACACCUGGAAGUCUGGUUAUGAAAGUAACAGCUUCAGACCUGGAUGGUCCAAUCAAUAAUCUGCUUCGAUACUCAAUUGUUAGUGGAGAUCAGCAGCAGCAGUUCUCCAUCCACCCUCGCAGCGGUGAAAUUUCUGUCCGCACAGCACUGGACAGAGAAGAGAUCCCUCAUUACUCUUUGACAGUGCAGGCAGCAGAUGAGGGCAUGCCCCCUCUGUCAUCAGCAGUCCUCGUCACCAUCACUAUCGUGGACGUCAACGACAACCCACCUGUCUUCUCUCAGGUCAACCACAAUCUAGUGCUGCAGGAGGGCGAGUCCAUUGGCAGUAGCAUCCUUCAGCUUGUUGUGACGGAUAAAGACACUCCAAAGAACGGACCGCCUUUCUCCUUCCACAUCCUCAGUGGUAACAGUGACCGCCGUUUUCAUGUCGACCAGGGCGGUCUGUUGUCUCUCUCUGCACCUCUCAGGAAGAAGAACAAACCCUACCAUCAGCUGAAGAUCCAGGUAACAGACAGUGGUCACCCUCCGCUGUCUUCUAUCUGUGUGAUCAACAUCAACGUCACUGAGCAGAGCAAGUAUCCGCCCACCGUUGUCCCCCUCGAGGUUUUCAUUACUACCACCGGAGGACUAUUUGCAAAUCGGGUCAUUGGCAAACUCCACGCGUCGGAUCAGGACCUGCAGGACAUCUUGACCUACAAGAUGGUUUCACAAAAGCCAGAGGGCCAAAUGUUCUCCGUGGACCUGACUGAUGGUAAAAUCUGGGCGGAUGAAAACCUGGAGGUGGGCUCGUAUGCGCUGAACAUCAGCGUGUAUGACGGGAAGUUUACUGUCUGGACAGAGGUCAAAGUUCACAUGUGGGCAGCCAGUCAGAGAGUGUUGGACUCUGGCCUGACGCUGCAGCUGGUCGGGAUGUCACCCGAGGAGUUCCUGGGAGAUCACUGGAGAGGCCUCCAGCGCAAAAUGGCGCAGUCUCUUAGCCUUCCCAAACAAGAGCUCUAUCUGGCCAGCCUGCAGCAGCUGCCUGACACCAAGGCCCUGGAGGUGCUGCUGGUCCGCAGGCCUGAGGGAGGACUCAUUCAGUCGCUGUCAGGGAGCAAACUGGAAGGUAUUUUAGCAGAGAUGGAAGACUCCCUGGGUCUCAGAAUUCCCAAGGUGAGCCAUGACGGAUGUGUGGAAGCCAGCUGUCUGGCGAAAGGUUGCAGGAACGCCGUGCUGCUGUCAGGAGCGAAGCUGAGCCAUUUCACCACAGCCAGAGCUGGUUACAUCACACCGCAGCACACCUGGGAGAGCGUCUGCUCCUGUAACGAAUCAGCUCUGAAGUUUGGCAGUACAUCCUACCUAAAGUAUCUCCACAGGAUGGAUGAAGACAGCCAGGAUUUCAGACUCUCACUGAGGUUUAAGACUUUCCAGGAGGAAGGCCUCAUCAUGUCCUCUAGGGGUGCAAACGACUGGGGGACUUUACAGCUGACCAAAGGGGAACUCCACUUCAGAUACAGAUGUGGAAACAAAUCCCCCAGCACACUGCUGGUCAGAUCCCAUCCGGUGUCGGACGGCCGCUGGCACAGCGUCCUGCAGGAGGUCAACUCCAGCUCCCUGAAACUGACUCUGGACCAGCAGCACCCAGCUUCCAUCAGCCUGGCAGAGCCGUGCCGAAUGAUGCACUCCCAUGGCGCUUUACUGUUUGCUCCUCUACCUCAGGACUCCGCUCAAGAUUUGAGCCUGGACCUGCAUCAUUUCACUGGCUGUCUGGAGGGCCUGGAGCUCAACGAGGAGCCAAUUGUAGUGGGUGAUCCAGCACAGUUGACAGGAUCAGGAAGCAGGAGGGUGUACGGGGUGUAUCAGUGCUGCAACAAUGCAGGAGGUUGUGACAACGAACCAUGUAAGAAUGGAGGCGUCUGCCAGGAGAAUGCUGCUGGAGAGCCCCACUGCACGUGUGCAGGAAUUUUCCACGGCGACCGCUGUGAACUGGCUGUCAACCCCUGCAUUUCGCAGCCAUGUACCAACGGCAGGGUAUGCAUACCAAAGGCUCCGGGUUACAUAUGUAACUGCUCCCUGGACAACACUGAAGCAAGAUGCCACAACGAGAUUGAGGGCUGCCAGCCUAAUUCCUGUCCAGGAGCUUAUGACUGUAAAGUCACCGAUGGUUUGAUCUACUGCGCCCCGCUGCCAGUGGUAUCUCAAGAAAUUGGCUACUUGGAAAUCAUACAGAUUUGUGCCGCUGUGCUGGGAAUCGUCUUUCUGGUCGGAGUCUUUGUUUGCAUCAGGAAACGUUAUGUUCAAAAGAAGAAGAGAAAGCCUGUUUGUGUCCAGGACUCAAAUGGGUACUUCCAGCCCAGUCUGGCUAAGAGCCUGAAGGCAGAAAGCCAAGAUGUCAACUCCACUGAGAUGAACUCACUGGUCAAAUCCACCAACAACCUGGAUCACCACACACCAUUCAGAUCCCUGAGGCCUCACAGCCAAAUUGGUUCAGCAGGAGGUGGAUCCCCGAAGGCACAGAGGCCGGUUGUGUGCAGCGUGGCCCCCAACCUUCCUGUUAGGCCGCCGUCAAGCUCCGACAAUGACUCCAUCCGGAAGGGCCACUGGGACAUGGACUACGAAGUUUACCCGGCAGACCCGGACUAUUAUGGACGGCCAACAGUCCGGGAGUUCCCCCAGUUUGAUAUUGUGGAAGACACUUACUCCACCUCUACUGUGGAUUCUCGAAGAAAUUCCCGUUUUGGGGGCUUCCCAUUCCCACUGGAUCGCUGUGAUCGUCGGGCACCGCUGCCUCCGUGUUACAGCAAUCAGAACUUGGACGACUUUUUGGGUCAAGACGGUCUUCCUCUUCCCAGCUCUCAAUGCCCGAACGAGUACACAGCCAUCAGCUACUAUCCCACCCAGCACACGCGGAGCCUCGACAAUGUCUCUUCAGGCUAUAAAAGACUCAGCAUGCGCUUAAGUGUGGCUAUGCCAUCCUACGCUGAACAGUCCAGCUCGCCACCGGGUCCAAACCCCGCCCAGCCUCAAACACGACCCGCGGGUCAAAACCAGCGCGGCUACGAUGGGUUGAGUAUGGUGGAGAGUGAUUAUGGAAGCUGUGAAGAAGUAAUGUUUUAGGACAAAAUGUAUCAUUUCACAAAGAGAUCUCUAUCGUUUCUGAAGAGUAUAUUGCUUCACACAUGAACUACUAUCACACUUCACAUUAAGGCAGCUUUGUGUACAAGUACACAUCUUGGUUGGGGGUCUACUGCAGUUGAGCUCUGAUUCCUCAAUCCAAUCUUCUUUUCUUUCCACCCUGAUGGAUAUCAAAGAAAGACUGCAAAUGUCAGUUCAGAUGUCUCUGAUUCAUUUGACUUCAACAAGCAAUGUUGUCGAUCUGGACCGAGGUUGUCCAAAGCUGCUCAAUUACGUCUUUGGAAGUAGUUCAGCAGAGGUUCAUCUUUUAAUUCAAGAAAAACUGCUGAGCGCCAUCCCUAGAAAAUAUGAACAGUGUUACUGACUUGAUCCUGCACUCUUUGGAAAUAAAAAGGAGACAAAGUAUUACUUUUUUUAAACAGCAGGAGAGACUGCUUGAAAAAAUGUGUAGUUAAAUAUCAAGCAUUUCAUCACAUUUCUGAUAACACAGCCACUCUGUACAAAACUGAUUCGUUAAUGCCUGCUCCCUGUCUUGCACUGAACAAGUAAAUCAUGUGACACUUCAGUCAUAGGUGAAUUUAUGCUUCUGGUCAUUUCCCAAUUGUAAGGAUACAAAUAAAAUUACUUUAAAUGUGUUAAACAAGACAUUCAGAACUUGAAAUGCAGGAUAAGCAUUUCACUAUUUGUUUGUUCACAUCUUCUCUGAUGGGGGCUGGAUCCUCAUUUAAACGAGUGAUUUGGUGAUGUUAUUUGUGAUGUCGUAUUUCUAAAUGUGUUACACUGUCCUCAGUAUUGGGACAAUUCAGUAGCUUUAGUGUCUAUGAACAAUUCCUCCUGGAUUUUAAUGAGUGCAGAAUGGAUUUUGGUUCAAAGUUUAGGAUUAGCCACUGCUCAGCAAUGUUUCUACCCUUGAUGUUACAGGAACACUUAAUGUGGAAGUUUCGCAGCAGCAAAGAAACGCCUGUUCAGCCAUUUUUAAUGUUGGAAAAUACAACGCUCUGAUUACUAAAAUUCCUGUUUCGGUCAAAAACUACUUUUGCUGCAUACAGCACAUUUUUUAAGUAGAUAUGUUAAUGUUACAAGCAGCAAACAGUAUUUUUUCUUUUUCUUUUUUUUAAUUGCAACAUUUAAUAUUUCAUCUACAUUGCAAUAACAUAAACUGAUUGUUCUAAAAUUAAAAUCUCCAAUCUCCAAGAUACACAAUCUUGGAGUUUGUUAAAAAGAUUUACAUAUUUUUAAAAAGUUAUAGCCUUUCCAAAAAAUACAAAUUUGAAGUCAUUUCAGUGACUCUGAACAAAUAAAAUGUUCUCCUUAGCUAAAAACGACUCUAUUGUAAGUGACUCACAGUUAUUGUCCAGUUUGAGACAAUAACUGUGAGUCACUAUUAUUCGGAAGAACUCUCUUCAUGAAGUGUAAUAAAGACGCACAGCUAACUGCUAUUGUUUAUUCACAAAGGAAAGCUUCUUGCAUAACAUACAAGUAGGCAGUACGUUUUAAGAAUAUACGCACAUAAAAGAAGAAGUUAUUCAAUCUUAGAGCUGAUUCUAUCAAGUCUGUGCACAAUAACUCACCAGUUUUUCGGAGCUUUAACUGAAAUCUCACGUUGUUUCCAAAUUUGUGAUUCAACAAGGGUAAUCUGAUGGAUUCUUGGGCAAUUUCUUCUUUGUAAAAUGUUAGGCUAAUCAAAUUGCAUGUAUUAAAAUUAACUGACCCCUCCGGCUUAUUUUUAUUGUACUGAACAGCUGAAUAAAACUCUACAGGCUUCUAACUUCUUGAUAUAGACGUUGCCAUGAAUUUUAAACACAAGGAAGAACUUGAUCUUGUUACAAAGCCAAAACAAUCAUUUAAGCAAUUCCGGAUACCAAAUUUGAAUCCUUAUUCUCUUCUUCUCUAAAGUCAGUUUUCUACUACAUGAAUUUCCAGUUCUGUUAACAUUUUAUCAUGGUCACACUGAAUGAUGUGCGUUCUAUUUUUCACUGGUAGUUUAGUCAGGACUGAGUGAAAUCUUAUAAGCAACUAUUGACGUGUACAUUUAAUACAAAUUUUGUGUUGUGCAGGAUGAAAUUGCUUGAAUGUAUGUUACAUAUGUUCUUUUUUAAAUUCAUUUAUAAAGUUUAUUUUUGUAUUAAUGUGGGCAAAACCCCAUGUUUCUGUUGUUUCUCUGUGAGAGAUUUUAUUAAAAUGUGCUUUACUUUUAUGUUUUCAAAGGUGAAUAAAAAGACAAAUUCUGGAAA